AUGACAUCGUGCGCAAAAAAGUCCGCAUCAGAGUCCAGUGACAUCCCAGGAGAUCCUCGCACUGUCAAGAGUCGCGUUCUCGAAACCGGAGCUGCAAUGACCCAAGACUUCACGCCCGUUAAACAAAUCUGCGCGCAUUUGAAUGCCUUCCACGUUUACGCCGACGAUCCCACGCGAUGUGUCGAAUCGAACCACUAUUGUACACACUUGACAGAGGGUACUGAGCAAUUGACCCUCAACCCAGAUGUCCGACAAUGCUUGAUCUACGACUCGCCCGAGUCCAACGCACGCCUCCUCGGCGUCGAAUAUAUGAUUUCGCCGCGCAUUUUCAAAGAACUCCCACCUGAAGAACGAAAACUAUGGCACACGCAUGAGUUCGAGGUUAAGUGUGGCCUUCUCAUUAUGCCAACGCCCAGGGGCAUGCCAACCGCGGUGUGGGAAGCAGCCGAGACAGCGGAGAUGGAGGAUAUCGCACCGAUUUAUGGUAAGACAUAUCAUAUGUGGCAGGUUGAUCGUGGCGAUCCGGUGCCCAUGGGACCGCCGCAGCUGAUGGGUAGCUUUACAUCGCCCGAGACGGUCGAGAGAGCGCAUGAGGGUGGGUUGGAUGGGUUGCUUCGGGGUCGAGAUGAGAGGUUUGGAGUCGACCAUCGGACGAAGGCGAAGAAGAGACAAGACAUUGUACCUGUUGAGAAACAUCCUGUUGCCGUGCGACAUAUGGAACACGUUCUUCGAUACUCGCUGAGCAUAAAGCCAUGGGCAAUCGCCCGAAUUGCCUACAAUGGCGCUGGUUGGUUCUGUGCUUGCGCCCUGGUGUGGGAGCACCUAGUGACCCUCCAAUCGAGUGAGGGACCUUCAAUGUACCCGACUUUGAACACGCGUGGCGACUGGCUUCUGAUAUCACGGCGACACGCAAAUGGCAAGGGUAUUCAAGUGGGUGAUAUGGUGCGAUAUAACCAUCCCAACAUACUCGGUGCGCAUGCUGCGAAAAGGGUGCUCGGAAUGCCUGGGGAUUUUGUCUGUCGGGAUCCGCCUUACAGCUCUAAAGCUGGGACGCAGCCGGAUAUGAUUCAGGUUCCCGAAGGACAUGUAUUCGUAACCGGCGAUAAUCUUCCCUGGUCGAGGGACUCGAGAAACUUCGGGCCAUUGCCAUUGGGUUUGAUCAAUGGAAAGAUCGUCGCGCGAGUCUGGCCGCCAUCGAGGGCAGAAUGGAUGCGCAAUACCAUGCAGCCAGUGGAAUCGAACUAG